UGCCAUUUCUGGAUCCCAUCCACACACCUCCAACUUAUCAAGUUCAUUCACUCUGUGCUGCAACAAAUCCAUCUUGCUGAGGAUAUCAUGGCGUUACCCACUAGAUCAUCAAAUUCACCGACAUCGAAACGGAAAAGUCCUGAGCUUGAUUCCAGUCCACCAGAGAAGCGGCAAAGGACCCACGAUUCUCUCGAGGAAAUGACCUCCCAACCAGAUGUCGAGGUCUCGAGUCAACGGAGCCCUGGUAUGAAAAUCUUGGAUUCGAUGAGCCCUGAAACGAGGAAGGCUUUGUUGGAUGCACGUGCUCGCAAUAUCAGAGACGUGUUAGCUGCCCCAAAUUUUGCUGAGGAUUCAGGAGCUGAACAACUAAAGCGGAACGACUUCUGUAUCUUGUAUCAUGAUGAGGCUAUUUUGAAGCACAUCAUGGAAUACGAUAUUUCUGAUGCUGUCCAAUGGGAACUCGCGCGUUUUGCAGCUCUUUUCGACCAAGACAUUUCCCUGACUGACCGUAUCGCGGACCUACUUAAGCAGCUGAGAGGUCCAAACGUUGCUGCACGCCAGUUCAACAGGGUUGUCCAAGGCGUGUUGAGCAACGGGGUGGGAGAUGGACCAGAAAUCGGUGCGUUUCUUCUGGAGGUGCAAACAUCAAGCGCAUUUGCACUGGAAGGCGGACCGAACGACGUAUUUCAUGCAUUGGAUUGGGAAGAUGCUUCCUCAGAAGCAGAACGUUUAGGUAUCAAUGACUCGCCCACUCCGAUAUACGGCGGCCAAGUUGUUCAACGAAAAAAUACGUAUUCCGAUUUCAAAAGCUCCAUAUGGGGCCAUCAUGCAGAGCCACAAGGUUUUAUGGAUCUAAGCGAGUCAUACGUGUUUCCGUUCCCGACUCAAUCAUAAGGAGCGACGGGGAGCUGCUCGUAGAGUUCUUUACUCAACGCUUUCUUUUCAAUGGUAGAGUCUUCCAGGCGUUAUUCUCUAAAGAUGCCACCGUGUAUCUCGUGGAAACAUCGAGACUACGAAGCUUCAACCAGGAUCCCUACUUAAAAUCUUUAUGGCAGCU